UCACGUUUGCUUAUGUGCUUAUAGCUCUAGGAAGCAUUUGAUAUCGUUUUGUAUAAUAAAUAACCUAUGAUACCUGGGUAAUUUGUUUCCAUUGAUCGAGCAUAUCUUUCAAAGGUAGAUAUGUUGUUGUCCAUUACUUCUAUACUUUUUAUACUCAAAAUUGCACUAUGUGGUUUGUUUAUUAAGAAAAAUGACCCUAUGCAGUUACUAGAUUGGUCAUUUGAUUGGAAGUACAUGGUGAGAGGCUUGGUACUUGAUAAAAAGAGAGGCAACAUCUUGAAGAUGGAUCGGCAUAGGUAUGUGAAGGUAGCCUAUCAUGGGUUCAGGGAGCUGUCGAAGGAAAAAAAAGUUGGGACCUACGGGAAUACGUUGUUACGGGAUUCUUUUGAUGAGCCUGACUAUUCUCUCAUUGAUACCCUUUUUUCACUAGCUGAAGCCUACUUGUUUGCUCAACUGGUUGAUUUCCGAGACAGAAAUCCCGGAAAAGUUUCAGAGCAUGUUGACUACGCUCAUAUGUACAAAGAUGUUCGUGCUGCAGUCGAUCUGUGUCACCGUGAUGGAACUUUAAAGCAAACGGUUGCAAAAGAUCCUGAACAAUAUAUCAACAAAGAUACCUCGAUGGUGCUGAUGCUCAAAAUGCUCAGAGAUUUCGGUCGUUCUACAUUCUUUGUGAGUAACCUUGGUUGUAUCUCUUACAGUUUAUGGGACUAUACAAACAUUGUGAUGAACUUCCUCUGUGAAUUAUGUACAAUGAAAAGCAGUAACAGAAUAAAUUUUGACUGGCUUCAGUACUUUGAUGUCGUGAUCACCGGCAGGUACAUAUUAUACUUGUAACUUUCUGUGCACUUUUCUAGUCUGUUAUAAUGUCCAUCUUCUUUCUGAAUUGUUCUUUAACAAUUUAACUGGAAUCAAUGGUCUAUUCAAAAAGUUUCUUUAGUCUUUUUUGGAGAGGCCACAAGAUCUCUUCAAAUGUAUUUCUCAGAA